AUGUCGGCUGCAACUUCGAUUCUCAGCUCGGGCUCCGAGAAGCUGGAUGCAUGGACUCGACGAGCUCAACCCAAGGUGGAAAUUGAUCUGGCUGGACAAAAGCAGGGUCAUGUCAAUUCAUAUACCACCGGAGAGAGCGUCGAGGGCAUUGUAAACAUUACUGCGGAACAUGAUACACGAUUCGAGGAAGUGGAGAUUGUGUUAGAAGGACGAUCUCGUACUACGGUAGAACGAGCAUCAUGCCCCGGCCGCACCGGGUCACAACAGAUGUUCCUGAAGUUGCGCCAGCCCAUUGAGGAUGACGAAUACCCAACCCCUCGUGUGCUGGAAGGUGGCCGUUCAUACCAAUUCCCCUUCACCUUUGUCGUGCCAGACCGUCUGCUGCCUCAAGUCUGUUCCCAUACCAAGCUCAAUGAUCAUGUCGGACGCUCGCACACUAUGCUCCCACCAAGCUUGGGCGAUCCAAUGCUGGGAAGUGAUGGGAAAACCCUCAUCGAUGACUUGGCUCCCGACAUGUCGCAGGUGGCUUACAUUGUGCGAGCAUCACUUCACCAAAAGCGACACGAAGGUCAGGCAGCCAAGUCAAUUGCCGGGGUUGCCAAGAAGGUCCGCAUCAUUCCAGUCGUGGAGGAAGAGCCUCCAGUCGAGAUCUCCGAGGCCUCAUCUUUCUGCCUGCGAAAGGAGAAGACCGUCAAGCGUGGAACACUACGAAGCACGCUGGGCCGACUAGUCGCCGGAACAGCACAGCCCAAGCCGAUCCAAUUGCUGCCCCCCAGCUGCGAGCCAUCCGAUACUGUGAGCACAGUCACUACAGUAAACCUCAGAUUUGAUCCAGUAGGGAACGAAGUGCCACCCCCACUCGGCACGAUGACCAGCAAGCUUCGCUCCAGCACUUUCUACAGUGCCUCGCCCUGGGAGGACUUCCCUUGCGGAACAGGCAUGCCGUUCUCUUCAGUCGGACGUGGUCUAUACAGCGAGGCAGUCCCUCUCUCAACCAUGUGUGUCGCCUCUGCACAAUGGACCAAGCACUCACCCGACUCUCGCCGCGACUCAGCCACCUCGACAUCCUCAUCCGACUCAACGGGCCCAUCCUCCAUAUUCGCAGGCGAGACCUACUACACGGCCUCAAUCGUCAUCCCAAUCACCCUUCCCAAGAACAAGACCUUUGUCCCGACAUUCCAUUCCUGUCUCAUCUCCCGCACCUACUCUCUCGAGCUCUCCUUGACGUAUCACACUCCCGCGGCAAACAUCAUGACUCCGACCGUCUCCCUUCGCGUGCCGAUCCAAUUCACCAGCCAGAACUAUACCCAGUCUAUCAAGUCCUCCCUCGGCCUUGUGGUCACACAAGAGGAAUUGGACGAAUUCUUCCACCCUCGCAAUGUGACUUCUCCAACCAACUUUUCAAACCAAGUCAGCGAUGUUGUCAUCGAGCUCGCGCCUCCAGGCUACUCGGAGACAAUUGGCGUGGCGACUCGCUGA